UCUAGGGCGCCGAAUGGCCGUGGAGCCAUUGAAGCGAUGGAGCGGUUGGACAUGGAAGGCGUGCGAAUUCAUCCUGCGUCACGUAGGGGCAUGCCUCGUCGGAAAGAAAAUCAAACAGCAAAGCAACCUCUUGUGUGCCUACAUCAGCGCAGAAGUUUUCGUCCGUGGUCGUUGUCGACGUGCAAGGAACAAUCGAAGGGGAAAAAAGAAUAAGAGCCUCGCUGGAUCGCAACAGCUGCGGCUGCCCCGCCAGAAUAACAGUUCGACUGUCAACACCAAGAACAAAAACCAAUUCCUUCAGUGCCAGCAUCAUCUGCCUUGACAGUGGCAUCAGGAGCUCAUCAUGACAUCCAACAUUGCGAAGACGAUUGCUCGCCAGCAAGAAAAAAUCGCCGCCGGGUCCUUCUACGAAGCUCACCAACACCUACGUGUGAUCGCUGCGCGGUAUUUGGGAAAGUCGAAUUAUGACGCUGCGGCUGAGAUAUUGACGGGUGGCGCGACAGCUCUGCUCAGAGCUGGGUCCCAGCAAGGCGCUUCGGCCAGUGGUGGAGAUCUGGCUAUUAUGCUGGUCAGCGAGGUAUACACCAAGGCUGAGUGGGAGAUUGGCACAGAAGAAGACGCCUCAUCAAGAGCACGCAAGAAACGCCUCAUUGAAUUGUUGCGCGAGUUUCCUUCUGACGAACCGUCACGAAAGAGAUAUAUCAAUGAAAUUAUAAAUUGGAGUUCAAAGUUUGGACCUUUGGAGCGAGGCGAUCCGGAGCUCCACCAUGCCGUCGGGUCUGUUUACGCUGAGGAAAACGAACCGUAUGAAGCAGAAAAGCAUCUUAUCAUCGGGACCACAGAUUCGGCAGAAACUCUGGCGAAGCUGGAAUUUGAGUGGUAUACAGGCGACGAGCCACACACAGCAGCUCUUUAUGCCUCCAGGGCAGUUCUCCCUUUCCUUCUCAUUGGCAAUCUUCGUAGUGCCAACAAAGCCCUCAUCAUUUUCAAAUCACGCCUUUCUAGCUUAAACCCGUCUCUUGUAUCGCAACAAGUCAGCAGUGCGAGCGCCGAUGUUCACAUCUACCCAUCUCUGCCGCUGCUCAACUUCCUGAGCUUGCUCUUGAUUGCUGUACAGCGUGGAAGCGCGGACCUAUUCCGUGACCUGACAAGACAUUAUGCUCCCCAUAUUCAGGAAAUUGCAACCUGGGACGACGCGUUGGCGCGAAUUGGGGAGAUGUACUUCAACAUCAAGGUACCUAGGCAGGGUAACCCGCUUUUGGACAUGAUGGGCAACAUGUUCUUCGGAGGCGGGCAGAACACUGGAAAUCAGAAACCUGGGGCUUCAAGCCGAGCAUCCUCCAAACGAGUCGAAGCGGCUCCGUCCAGCGCCGAGCUGGACUAGUGUCUGAAUGUAUAUUGCCAGUUUCAUAGAAUAGCGCACAAUGAGAGAUCCUGCAUAGCUGUCUUCAUAUUACUCGUUAGGUAUUUUAUUCCACUUUGUGGUCGACUCAGACAGGUGAUUCGUCCUCAAUUUCAAACAUCCAAUUAUCUUCAUCUAGCGCAGCGACUCUAUU